AUGGCUCCAAAUCAUAACUCUAAACCACCGCCAAUUGGGGUACAGGCCACUGCCGUGGUUACAGGUUCUUUUCUGACAGGUGCUAUGGUCUGUCUCACAGGAGUGGUAAUUCCCGUCUUCCUCAAUACCGACGCCGAAUCUAUCCAUCUACUCCGCCACUGGGCUCGUCUCUAUCACUAUGGGCAUAUCUACAUGCCCGGAUUAUGUGUUGGGACUGUCGGGCUUUAUGGAUACUCUGCCUUGAAAGGACGGACUUCGAAGAGUCAGCAAUGGCGCACUUACGCAUUUGCCGCUGCGAUAACAAUUGCAAUGGUACCCUUCACAUGGAUCUUCAUGGCACCUACCAAUAAUAUCUUGUUUGGUUGGGAGAAAAUGGCAACGACAAAGACUUCGGGAGAGGAACUCAGUUCCGUGCAGGAGGUUGUGGUGAAAUGGGCUUGGUUGCAUCUUGCUCGCUCGGUAUUUCCGUUUAUUGGUGCGGUUCUAGGUUUUACGGGAAUUCUGCAGGAGCGUCAUCUAUAG